AUGGACUUGUCACUUCUUCCUGAAGAGGUACUGGUGAAUGUUCUCAGGCUAACCACUCCAACUACGGUUAUAGCCGCAAAAAGACUAAACAAAAAACUGAACCGAAUCGUCGAGCGAAAUCAUCUCGGAAAACCUCGUGUUGAUGAUUUUAACGUCGAAAUGCGAAGUUAUGUUGGAAGAACACGCCCAGUUGGUAAACUUCAACCGAAGAACUCGUCCGGAAAACUUCAUCGACGAAUAGUAGUGACUAUAAAGCGAAAGAAUAAAAGCAGAAAUGUAGUUGAGGAAGGAAUCGAAGGACCCAGCACCUACGGCAUUGACCUCAUUGGUGAGGAAAUGAAAAAGGUGCUGUUGCUCGAUCGUCUUUCAUUCGAUGGUGUUACAGCCGAUACUGAAUUUUAUAAUAUGCUAACAGCAAAAUGGAACGACUUAAGGUGUGUUCGCAACUUGUCGUUUACGUUAUGUCGCCUAAAAUUUUCUGAAGAGCAGAUGUUAUCGUUGUUGACACGGACCGCAUGUCAUUCCCUCACCCUUGAUUUCUGUCACUUUGAACAUGACAUCGUCAGCGACAAGGUGUUGGGAGCAAUCGUGUGUCUACAAAGUCUACGUGUUCAGCCUCGAUCGAACGUGUUCCUUCAUCAACUGACGAAUGCAACGCUGCGCAAUUGGGCCACAUCACCGCCCACCACGAUUGCACUCUACAGUUGCGUCACUAACAUCACACUACAAGGCAUUUUCGACAUGAUUAAAUGUUUGAGUGACGACUCGAUAGUGGACUGGGAUUUCGGCCGUGUGCUGCCCUGUGAAGGUGUUGAUGGACAACUAUUCUCGAUGAUGUCUUUAUCCGGAAUGACAAUCUUUAUCUGUGAUGACUUCCGCUCGCGACGAGUUCAAAUAGCACGCGGAGCAUCACGGAUCGCCUUCAAUCUUAUCAAAGAGGAAGCGUUCACCGCUUGA